AUGGAGAGAGAAGUGGUUGAGAUAAUAAGCCGUCUCGCGACCGUGGCCGCCAGGCAACUCGCCUACGCUAUUUCCAGCUACCUCGAGAGGCGGAUUCGGGAAUGGCUGGGAGUCGAAGAGGACAGUUCCGACAACGAGGUUCUCUCACAGUUCGAGACGCAUCGCUACAACAGUACCGGCGAUGAUGGAGAAGAGGCGGAUAUAUGCUGCGUAUGUCUCGAGCAGCUGCACUGUGGGCUCGUCGCGACUCUGCACUGCCGCCACGAGUUUCACGGGGAGUGCAUUGAGAGGUGGCUCCGCCGUGGCCAGAAUUUCUGCCCCAUCUGCAAAGCUAGGGCUCUCCGGCGACCUAUUGUUUGA